AUGGGGUACAAGGUACAACAGUCUAAGAAUGGCAUUGUGCUUCAAGACGACGGUGUAACCGAAACUAUAGACGGAACGAGCGCAGAGCUUCACUGGUGCUACGGGUUCAGGCCCAGUAAACAAGUGAUCUUUGAGGCCUGGUGGUUCAAACAGACUGGUGGUGAUCAGGUGCUGGUGGCCAGUCGUUACCCAGCUAGGAAUGCUUCUGUCCAGUCCAGAUACAAGGGGCGAGUGGAGGUAUUUGGUGAUGCAGACCUGCUGUUGAAAGCAGUAAGCCCAGCAGAUGUCGGCACGUACCAGUUGUUUGCCGCCUUCAGUGAUGCUUCAGAUCCGCUGUGGAAGGACAGGCACCUCGUGGUUUACUACCCACCAACGAAUAUGGCAGUCACUUCAAGCCUUAGUGCAACAGAAGGAGACCAGGUGACGAUUCUGGCCCACGCCAACAGUGUACCACCUCCUACCUACCUGUGGACAAAAGUCAACGGCUCACUUCCCAGUGAUUCUGUCAUGAACAGGACUACUGGAACAUUUACAUUACCGCACGCUACACUAAAUGACAGUGGCACAUACAGGGUCAUCGCUACUGAAACGCCUGCAGCUGGCGGACGGUCCACCCCACACGUGGCAAUGAGUACUACUGAAACGCCUGCAGCCGGCGGACGGUCCAUCCCACGGACGGUCUACUCCACCCGUGGUGGCGGACGGUCCAACCCACACGUGGUGACGGCUGCAGUGGUGCCAUCCGUGGUACUACUCGUCCUGGCAGUGGUGGCGGCAGUUCUGGGAUACCGGUGGAUCAGAAAGAGACAAAGCGACAAGCACCCUGAAGAGCAGUUAACAGAAGUGCACAGACCACCGCUCCCACUCCCUCCCCCUGUGCCGGCUCGGCCACAGUUCCUGGAGUACGAGGUAAACCCAACUGAUCUACAACUGAAAGAACAGAUUGGCAGAGGGGCCUUCGGCGUCGUGUUCCUUGCGUCUUUAAAGAAAGUUGUUGAUGGUUUUCUUACCGAACAAACAGUGGUGGUGAAAACUGUCCACGAGGAUGCAGGAGUAGAGGAGAUAAAGAAUUUUAUACGAGAGGUCGACACCACCAUCAACCUAAGGCAGCACAUCAACCUACUAGGUUUGGUGGGGUGCUGCACGCUGUCUCACCCUCCCUACCUGGUGACGGAGUACAUGCCGUAUGGAGACCUCAAGAACUUCCUACUCAAGUGCAGAAAGUCGGAUGGGGCACUCCGUGACAGUAUGUAUGACUUCAAGGAGAAGAAUGUCUACCAGGUAGCGCAGCAGAUAGCAAACGGAAUGGCCUACAUUUCCCAGGCUGGUUACGUGCACGGUGACCUGGCCGCCCGGAAUGUUCUAGUAGGAGAGGACCUUUUGGUGAAGAUCGCAGAUUUCGGCCUCACUACAGACAUCUACGAGCGAGGCUACCAGCGGCAGGAUGCGGAGCAGAGAAUCCCCCUGAGGUGGAUGGCGCCGGAAAGGCUGCUGCGAGAGGGCCGGUACACCAGCAAGAGUGACGUUUGGUCCUUCGGUGUGGUGCUGUACGAGAUCGCUACGCUCGGGAACGUGCCCUACCCAGGUGCAGAACGCACUGUGCUCAUGGAGGAACUCCGCUCAGGGUACCGGGAACCCCGUCCUCCUGGCCUCAAGCAAGAUCUGUACGAUAUGAUGCUGCGGUGCUGGCAAUGGGAGGAAGACCAUCGCCCAGAGUUUCAUGAGCUUUAUGAAGAGCUGAACGCUGUUGUAGGUUCCAUUGCAAAGGAUUGUGAAAAACCUCCUUCCAGCUCCCAAGAGGGUCAGAAUGAGGCAGCAGAUGUUGCUGAAAACUUGAAUGACAUCCCAAAGUUGGCCCCAACAACGAUGCAACUCCAUGUUACUGCAGACGUCUACAACAGCGAAAGCCAUGAAGAAAUUGACUCACUCACUUCUUCAAAUGAAGAAUCUGGUUCUGAACCAGUGGAGACAAAAUACAUCAAUGGCUAUCACAGUAAUAACCACAUAGCAGUUGGGUUCAAGGUUGCACAACAAAACACGCUUAUUGAAAGUAAAGACACCGACCAGUCGCAAAUGGAAUCCUCAAGCCCAUUGGGUGCAGCCAUUAUGGAUUCAAAUGACAACUCCGAGUUGCCUGUGUCAACAAAUGUGCAGAAGAAUGAUAGACCUAUGGAAGGAGGUUAUCUGCCUAUGGCCUCCUUGCCCCACUAUAAUUGAGGAUAACUAUAUGGUGACCGUUUCCUAUUAACAAAUCCUACAUUUCAUGUCAAUCCAUAUAAUUGAUCUAAGGUGACACAAAUCAAAGUUUUGUCUUUUAAGAAUUAAAAAAAUUUACAGACACCAAUCGUUUCUGUCAACAAAGAUUCUACCAGAUUGGAGUCCAGACGUAUACAUAUACUUAUGUUGACUUGGAUGUAACAAUGUAACGUUAACUAAGUCAGUGUAAUCACAUCGACUUUACACCAGUGUGUGAUGUUGUACACAUGUAUUCAAUUUGCUUUCAUUAGCUAAAAAGCAAAGUAUUGUUGGUCUGCCUGUCCUCUCAUACUCAUAGACCCUACGUAAUGAAAUAAUACUGGGAAUUUAAAAGAUAUGUAAUCUACCCGUAUACAUCAUUCAGGUGUUUCUGUCUACAAAACUAGACUAACAUUAUUCUAUCACGAGACAUCAAGAUUAACGUCUGCUUGGAGAGUAGAGGUGUUGUACAAUGUGUAGAACUGGCCUGUCAGGAAGUCACGAUUGUCAUACUAUCACCUAAACAGAAUCCUUGCCCUUUUGGAUGCAUUAUACCACAUCCUGGUGUACGAAUUACGAAGUAGUAUGGGUGAUGAAGGACAAACUGUGUGGAUUGUUUAUGCUGUAUUUCAGUUAUGCGGUAUCUGAUAAGGAAGGAUUGUAAAAUUUUAUGGCUGCAACAUUUUAUGGCUGCAACAUUUUAUGUGUAUGUUUUAUCUGUUGUCUAUAUAAUAAACCAUUCAUUCAUUUAAUCCCUUUCAUGAUUGAAACAACACAAACAUCAUUAUAAUGUCAAAUGUUGAUAAGAUUUUUUGAUAGUAGUUAAACGUGUAUAUAAAUAAUAGUUAAUGAUAUAAUGCUCCAGGAAGAAUAGUGAUAUAUCAUCA